AGGCUUCCUUGUGCAUCCGCCACAGGGAUGUCGCAUUUCGGGCUCUUGGCUCAGGGCUGCAAAGUGAAGAUGAGCACCAUGGAGUUGGAGACGUCUCUGGCUGACAUCACGAGAGGUCCUCGGAUCUCCACUGGGCGGCAGCUGUCAGUUUCUGUAACCAGAAUCGAUUCGCCCAUCAUUCAACAUGCAUCGAUCCCAUACGGUUUGAAUGAAUCGAAAUGUUUAUGCCCAGAGAAUCGAUGCUCUUAUAACUUGCGAUGUGAUGCGUGGAUCGAGAGCGGCAAAUCUAUUUGAGAAUUAUCGCAGUCAGAGGUCACGACCCCACGACUUCAGCAUCCUGUGUGCGUGCAGACAGAUUUGUGUGUAAACGCGGCUUAAUUGAUAUGUAAGCCGAUUAGGACUAAUUAACACGCUCGUCUUAUUGUAGCUACACGUUGCACCAUUUCGUCUCAGCACCAUUUAUACGUCGAUAUUUUUUGGUCGCGUUCAGAUCGCCACGCUCCCCCGUCCCACCUGGCCUAGUUUCCUCUCCGGGAAAGAGGUGCGCUAACUCUGCGAGGCUACCUAGGCCGCAAGGGGUCUGGCUGGCGGAGGGGAGCGUCCGCUGACCCAUAGGCACGAGGCACGAAGCCGCGAGUUGACUUGAGCAGGUGCAGCGAUCACGGUGCGAGGCAGCGGUGCCCGUGUGGGGAGUGAAGUUGAGGUCCAGGAUACAAGCGUCUGGGGAUGGGGUAACUUGCUUAGGAUGUCUCAUUCGACGUCACGGAUUUUGAAUGACUGGAGUUUGAGGUUGGAGUGAGUUUGGGGCUCGGGGCUAUCAGCUCGGCACGAGUUAGGUCUGCAAUCUGAGUCGGUGGCAGUGGCACUUCCUCGUCCCGGCAUGAGCGUGUCACGCGUCGAGGUGCUGGGCCUUUACCGCCGCGUGUUCCGCCUGGCGCGGGGCUGGCGAUCGCCAGGCGCCGCUGAGCCCUCGGCAGCGCUCGCCGAGGCCGAGUACAUCCGCGCCGAGGCGCGGGCGCUCUUCCGCAAGAACAAGGACCUGGUGGAGCCAGAGAAAAUCAAGUUCUGCAUUGAAGAAUGCAAAACAAGAAUAGAACUCGCACUUCAUUACAAGAUACCUUACCCAAGACCUAUGAACCUCCCUCCCAUGGGACUUGCUGGAAAGCAGGGGCGGCAACUGAAGACUCAGGAACGUCUCCGCAAACAGGCCAAGCCCAUCUACCUGCAGUCACAUGACGAGACGUGAACAAUUGGUAUAGCCCCCCCAUGCACGGCCGUGUGGCAUGUAAAUACCACUCUGUAAUUCUCAUGCAUUGUACAUUAAAACAUCUGAUUUAAUCAGUAAUGCUUCAAUAGUGUAUUUUUGGGUAAGGCAAUAUAAGACCCUAUGCCAUCCAACAUAGCGAAUUACAUGAUCAUGUCUCGUGUACAAGUGUUUAAUGUGCCAAUUAUUUGUUUCAUUCUACUGGUAGGUUGAACAAGUUCAAUUUUAGUGAUGAAUUACAAAUUUUCACUUGAAACGACGUCACGCAUCCGCAGGACAAAAUCAAGGAAGUCAGAAUAAAACUUUAAACAUUUAUUUAAACAAUGUUGGAAUGUUCUUUAGACAAUGUUGGAAUUUGUAUUAUUCCUGAACUCGUCCAUUUUUACACGCAUGUAACAUGCCUUAAUUUAUUUACAUUUAGUAUGGUUGCAGUUAUAUUAAAAUUACAUUAACGCAAUUGUAAAAGGACCUGGCAGCUUCGGGUAAAGCUUGAGUUAUGGUUCAUAGCAUUGGAAUGAAUAUUCCGUCCAGUAUAACUGGUUGUAUUCUUGUUUUAACUGCAUAAACUAAAACAUAAUAUAUUACACCUCCUUGUACCUCAUGAGUACAUACAAGACUGUUGUUUCAGGUUAACUGAUUUAACUUAACCCAUAUUGUAUUAAACGCUGUCAGCUGGUGCAAAAUUU